UGGCCCAACAGCGUGCGAAGUUGGGUCAGCUGUUUUUCGGUUUAUUUAUUCACGUCUUGUUUACUUUCACAAAUUGUGAAUUAAUUUAGAACAAAUGACGAUUAAUUAAAUAAGACGAGACAUUUAGCCUACAAUUUAUUAAGUGUAAUGUUUCCACCGUUUAAACAAUUAUGACGUCAGUAAACACUCUUUUGUGUGGUAAUUGCUGCUCGGUAAACACCCCUGGAAAUUUGGUGUCAUCAAUUUUACUGCAAAAUGAGUAUGAAGUCGAUGGAGCGACGACGACAACGAUUUCCAUUUCAAAUGGACUUUCCUUCCUAUUUUCGUACUGGGUGGGUGUAUCAGUGGACGAUAAGGCCACUGACCUCCACUUUUGUCCCGAAUGCGCCCACAUAUUUCGAGAACUGCACAGAAUUUCGGUCCAGUUUCUAAAAUUGAGUGGGACAGAGACCCAGGUCGCGAAAAGGUUGGCGGAGCUGAGGAAGGCUCAUAAAAUUAGGUCAUCCCCCACUUAUACCAAAGCACAUGCGAAGAAAAAGGUCACGCGAGGUCAACGACUUGACCUGAGAUAUCAUCCAACGAAUCCAACCGACGCCAACGAGGAAAAUAUACAAAUAAAAAAAGACCCUGACGAUAACCUUGACCUUCUUAUCAAGGAGGAGGAAGACGAUUUGAUCCACCACUACCCGGAAGAUCCACCAGAUUUUGAUGAUGAUGGUGCAAGCGAAACGCAUGCUUAUGGAGAGAUCCAUGUCAAGACUGAGGACGACGAUGAAGCCUCCGAAGUUGAUGACUUUGCAAUUGACCCUCUCAAAUUCUCGGGGGAUGAAUCGUCCUCUGGUGACGACGACAACGAUUCCGAACCCGACAACGCAGAACCUGACACUGCACCCGCCACACCAAAUCCUCUCCAGUGCUCCGUCUGUUUUAAAACGUUUUCCUCCCAGGAAACAAGAGAUCGCCAUUUUCGACACCAACACGACGAAAGCUUUACCCCUUUACCGUGUCCGGCCGAUAAUUGUGACCUCACAUUUAAGCGGGGGGAGCACUUAAGGACUCACUUAACGAAUUACCACCCAGGCAUGCCCUGUCCACCCGUAAAAGGGAGACCGGCCUGCAAGUGGACGGAGGGCGCCUCGUCAAGCAAAGUGCCCUGCAGGGUCGCCGAAGUCCCCCUGAAAAUGCAGAGGAAUGCGAAAGGAUCCCAGGAAGCCAAGGCUAAAAGUGAAUCUACCCGCGUCAGGAUUAAGAAACCCUGUCCCAUUUGUGGGAAACAGUUCAACUCGAAUUUUUUGAAUACACAUAUUAGAACACAUUCGGACGAGCGAAAACACCUGUGCACCACGUGCGGGAAACUGUUCCGGACCUCGCGCUACCUCUCGCUUCACAUCCAACAUGUCCACAUCCGAGAGAAGAAGUAUCACUGCGACACCUGCGGGAAGGGGUUUGUCCGCAACUACGAGUUCAAAGACCACGUCAAGCGACUUCACGGGAAUUUGGAGAAAUCCUUGGUUUGCGAAACGUGCGGAAAAACGUUCCGUACGCUGGCCGGCUUGAGACAACAUCGCCAAAUCCAUUACGACAAGGAUACCUUCGAGUGUCCCAUUUGCCACGAAUUUACCUCAAACUCGAAGGCCAACAUUUCGGCGCAUGUGCGACGGGUGCACGAAGGCCGGAAGAAGGCGAAAAGAUCUGGUCGCGGGAGGCCGCCGGAUGAUGAGAGGAGGGUCGCAAAUAGUGGGAGGGGGGAUGAAGGGGGAAGUCAAAAUAGUUCCGAGCAGGGUUAUCCAGCAUCCUCCUCCUCUUUGAUAUGAACUGUGCAUAUGUAUAUUUACAGCUCAGUUUGUUGAUAAACCAACGCAGUAAAAUGUAUAAAAUCUGUAAUUCUUCACCGGAAUGUGAGUCACUAUAUUAAAGUACUCUUAAAAAUGAUGUUACCCUUUGUUUAAAAAAUAAAGAAAUACUAUAGCCCGUCUACAAA